AUGAAACAUCUGAGUCUCUCAUAUUAUUCGAAGAAGGAGAAGACUGAUGAUCCUUAUGCUCCUUUUGCAUAUAACAUUUAUGGGUUUGCACUGGCACUUCAAGUGUGGACGAAAAACACCUUGAUCGAGGUAAAGUAUGCCCUUGAGACCACGGAUGUGACUGAGAUGGAAGAGUCCUCCAUGGAGAAGAGGAAGAGAAAGACUGAAGGUACUCUCAAAGAAGUAGUCAACUUGAAGAGGAAGCUUGCUUAUGUAUCGAGUCCGACCCGCAUUCCUACUCCCCCCGCCGCGACGUCAAGUCCUCGGACACCUUCUGUUGGUGUUGGAUGUAAAUGUGAUGAGCUAAAGGAGGAGGUGAAAGAGCUGAAAAUAGAGUUGAAGAAGGAGCUAAAAGUGAAGGAUCCUAAGGAAGAAUUCAAGGAGGAGAAGAGCAAGGUUGACCAGAAUGUGGAGAAGAAUGAGGUGAAGGAUCCUAAGGAUGUGAAGAUCGAAGAAUUUGAGGAGGAUGAGAGCAAGGUUGACCAGAAUGUGGAGGAGACUGAGGUGAAGUAUCCUAAGGAUGUGAAGGUCGAAGAAUUCGAAGAGGAGAGCAAGGUUGUUGACCAGAAGGAGGAGAGCAAGAAGGAGGAGAGCAAGGUUGUUGACCAGAAGGAGGACACUGAGAUGGAUGAUGUGGAUGAUGAUGAGAAGAUGGAUGUUGUGGAGGAUGAUGAGAAGAUGGAUGAUGUGGAUGAUCUGAAAUUGAAAGUGAAGGUGAAGGAUGAGGAGAGUGUGGAUGUGAAAGUGAAGGAUGUGAAAGUGUAA